AUGGCGAGGCCCUCACGCCAAACCCUGGCCCCGCCGUCCGCGACCUCCCUCCGCCGCCUGUACGGACACUCGAAGCCGCCUCCUCCCCCGGCCUCGGCGUUCCGGAGAGCCGCGGCGGCGCUCCUCCUCGCCGCGGCCGUGGCGCUGCCCUGCGCCGUGCUGUACCGAGCCGUCGUGUCGAAUGCGCCUCCGCCGGUGCAGGUCGUGUGGGAUCGCUGGCCCUCGAGGGAGUGGGGCCCGCCACGAGCUCCGGUUGUGGUCCCCGAGCCCGAGGAGGACCGCGACCUCGACCCCAUUUCCGCCGACGAUCUGGACAGUGAAUAUCUCAAACUUGAGCAAGUUCUACAAGCGGCUUCUAUGGACAAUAAGACCAUUAUAUUGACGACGCUUAAUGCUGCAUGGUCUUCUCCAGGCUCAGUUAUAGAUCUUUUCAUUGAUAGCUUCCGGCAUGGUGUUAGAACUAGUUCACUACUGAAACACCUUGUGAUAAUAGCCUUCGACAGGAAAGCAUAUAGGCGAUGUACUGAGAUCCAUACCUACUGUUAUGCUCUUGUAACCGGUAAUGUGGACUUUUCUCAAGAGAAGAGGUUUCUGACUGCUGGGUAUCUGGAAAUGAUGUGGACAAGGCUGGAUUUCUUGCGCCUAGUUCUUGAAAAAGGUUACAGCUACAUUUUCUCGGAUGCAGAUAUAAUGUGGUUUCGCAAUCCAUUUCCAUACUUUUACCCGGAUGGAGAUCUUCAGGUUGCAUGUGAUCACUAUGUAGGCAAUGCAACUGACUUGAGAAACAUAGCUAAUGGGGGGUUCAACUAUGUGAAGUCGAACAAUCAAAGCAUAGAGUUUUACAAGUUUUGGUAUUCUUCACGACUGAGAUACCCUGGUUAUCAUGACCAGGAUGUACUUAAUUUUAUUAAGCAUGAUCCUUACAUUAUGGAUAUUGGAUUAACCAUUAAGUUUUUAAGUACUACAUACUUUGGUGGUAUUUGUGAGCCAAGCAAAGAUUUAAAUGAGGUUUGCACAAUGCAUGCUAACUGUUGCAUUGGAUUGCAAAGCAAACUUCAUGAUUUAAGAAUCAUCAUGGAAGAUUGGAGGGAUUAUAUGUCUAUGCCACCAAGCUUAAAAACACCUGGGGCAUUCUCAUGGAGGGUACCACAAAAUUGCAGGAAAAACCAGUGCAUGAGGAACUCCACCUUUUGUUUGAGAAAGACCCGGCUUAGCAGAUUAUAUCUUGAGGACUCUGCCAGUUGA